AUGAUGAUUGGAACCAAGCUAUUUGCUGCCUUCACCUUCGCAUCGUUUGGCCUAGUCGCCUCUUCGCCUGGUGUUGUACCACUCCCUGUCGUCGACGCCAUCGUCAAACGCGACAUUGCUGACCCAGUCUUCACCAUCUUGAACCUCUCGACAGACAUUUUUUUAUCUCAACUCCGUCAACUUGCCACGAAUGGGUCCGCUUCUGAUGUCACUGUCACUCCUCUCAUUGAACAGUUGACGUUGGCAUUGAAACAAGCAACAUCCACUCUGUCCAUUCUGUCCACUCUUAACCCUUCUAUCUCUUGCGAGAAGCAAGGAAAUUGCCCCAUCGUCAGCAGCAUUCUUAAUACCGUCCGAUCUCUCGAGGCCGUAGUUCCAGUCACGAGUGGUCUGGAAGCUACUCUAAACGAAUUUCGUGAUACAGUUGCGAAUGUCGUGGCUUAUGGAAGGCUGGGGUAG